AUGUCUUAUCAGACGGCUGUAGCGACCGAGGCCCAAGCCGGUACAAUUCCUCUGCGACAUCCCGAUUCCUCGACUGAUCGACCGCCGCCUCCUCCAGUGCCCUCUUCGGAUCCCCAUCUGAUCGCCGACGAUGAUACCUCCGCGCCAAAGCCCGUUGCCGAUCAUGGCCUCUUCGAGAUGGCACCUGCCGAAGCUCUCUCUUUACUGAGCGCUGGCGUUGAGCUUCUUGUCAGAAUAACUGGGGAUGUGCCUCCGACGCCACCUCCAAAGUCUCCCACCGUACCGCAUAUGAGUGGCAUGCAGGCCGAGAAGGACAAUAUCGUGCGAUCAUACUCGGAUAGAAGUUUGACGAGACUGAGAAAACAGGCGGAGCUUGAGGCUAAGAAAUUAGCCGCAAAAGAAUCAAGACCUGAGCCUGUCCAUAACCCUCAGUCAGAGUGUGAAAACAUCGAUGGUGUGCAGCUAAAAUCGCACCCAGGUUUGAUGUCGCCGCCUCCUCAGUCAGAGCCAUAUGUCGUCGUCGGAGCCGAUUCUCAACCUGUCAAUUUGCAACAUAGUGCUAUAACACGCAAAUUUUACAGCAAGAAUGAGCCUCCAAUUAGUAUCAACCAGUAUCUUCAACGUCUGCACCAAUUCUGCCCAAUGAGCACCGCAGUCUACCUGGCAACAUCUCUAUACAUCCACCGGUUAGCCGUUGAGGAGCGGGCCAUUCCGGUCACGCGACGUAACGCACACCGUUUGGUACUGGCUGGCCUUCGAGUUGCGAUGAAAGCCCUUGAAGAUCUAUCUUAUCCUCAUGCCAAGAUGGCCAAAGUUGGCGGCGUCAGUGAAGCGGAAUUGGCUAGACUGGAGAUAAGCUUCUGUUUCCUUGUUGGAUUCGAGCUAGUUGUUGACGAGGGCCGAUUACAAAAACACUACGAACGCGUAAAGGAAAAAACGGCCCGCUAUGCUUUUAGCAAUGCAGACGUUCCUAUCUUGAACCUAAAGCUACGCCCGCGCGGUGAAGCCCAGCCAGCAGCAUGA